AUGUCUCUGCGAAGAAUUUUCUCAGAGGACGCACCAACACACCAAAGCUUUCCAUCGGUGAAAGUAAAAGUGGUUGCCCUGCACACAAGGACCACAGUGUCAAGCUGGGUUUUUGACAAGGGGGAGGCUCACCCCCUUGUCAAGCAUACAAACUGCACUGCUGCCAUUAGCGAUGGUGUGGCAGUGGUUAAAUUUACUGCGUAUGAGGGAAUAGCAGCCAAACUCACUGAGGGAGGAUGCUAUAUUAUCAGGAAUUACGGCAUGUCAAAGUACGGCAGGACACGUACCAUGUUGUCCCACCGUGAUACUGCAGUAUAUCACACCUCCCAGGUCGAAGUCCCGGCCCACCUCGUGGAGGAAGGCAAAGAAAUGGUCUGCCCUCCAUCCCCUUUCAAACAUGUCAAAGACAUUGAAGGAGAGACUGACACUCUCUUCACUAUUGAGGGCUGUGUCACAGAAGUAAGCAUCUCAUUUACAACAAAAACUGCAAAGUUACAAAGUUUGGUGCCCAUACUUUAUGUUUGCAAAGUUUCAGAUCAAUAUGUGUUGUCAUACUGUUAGACUGUUAGACGUUAACUGCUCAAAUCUCAGACAAACAAGUGAAUAUGCAAGAUUGUGGUGUAUGUGCGAGAUUUACUAAAGUUCAGACGUACAAUGAUAUGUUAACACACCACUGUGAGAAAUUUGAGGCUUAUUUUGACCUGAAAAUUAUGUAAAGCUAUUCAAGAGGUAUCAGAGAAGGAGUCUGUCAAAAUGCAUGACACCCCCUCUUUCAUGCCGUACACAACAGUACAUUAAUAAUCAGUUAAGGGUAUCAAAACCUCUCUGGGGUCUGUCCUAUCCAGAGAUCUGUUUUUGUAUAGUUUAUGUCUCCUGCUCUCCUUGGUUGAAAAAGGCUUCUAAAAUCAAUGACUUGUAGCACACUAUAUCCGAAUGUAUUAAAAAUGUGUGUAUCUUUGUGUUUAGAUCAACAAAGUUAAGCAGGUACCUGGCCAGCGGGGCCUACCGGUCCCCAUAAUCGAGAUCAAGAUCAAAGAGGUAAAGAAUAAGUCUACAUACAAAACUGACAGGAAAAUAUAAGCAGAAUGAAGAUUUAGGCAACGAGAGUUGUCAGUAAAUACAAUUCUUAUGAGGCCUGUUUCAUUAUUACAGAAAGAGGCAGAGGUAAAAGUCUGCCUCUGGCGAGAAGCCACAUUGGCGGAACUGAGCCUGGGGAAACCCUGUCGUAUCACCCACCUCAGGGUCAAGACCGCGGGCCAAUAUGGGUUCAUACUGCACACCACGAACUUCUCAGAUGUUGAAGUAAGUCAAAGAUGUACAUACUGUGUAAUUCACUGAAUUGUUGUCUCCUUUAUGAUGAGCCUUUUGCUUCUAAUCAGGUCAGAUUGUUCUAUGACGUGCACCUGUCCCCCACCACCACCACCACCAUGACCACCAACUGCUUGUGCAUUAGAAUUAGUUUCAUUGGCAAAAAGCAAAUGAGCCUGCAAAAUUGCUUCCUGAUUUUUUUUUUUCAAGUUUUCUCCUCCCCCUGAGGAGGUGAUGUAGUUAUUUCUUCAUUUGUUUGGACAAUAGUUGUGUCACUACAGAAAACAAGAAUCAGAACUCUGAGAAGAAACACUGAACCUGUACUCUGGACCGAAAAUGAUGGUGUGCACUGUGUAAAAUAUUUCUCCUCAAUAGAUGGUGACCAAGCACGUCCAAAUUGCGGUGGCGGGUUUCUCAUUCAACGAGGAAGACGAAACUGUCAACAUCCUCGAUGACAGCUAUGCGGAGUGGACCGUCCCACGCUGGAUGUGGGACGAAAAAUUUCCCGAUGCCGUCACAACAAUGCCAGCAAGCGUUAUCAUCGCUUUUGAGGAGGGAGAUGUGGUCGAUAUUUUAUAA